AUGCGACUCUCUGCAGAAGAUCAAAGGCAUGUGGAUGCGUAUUUGGAGUACGAUGCUCUGGUGGGAGCCACGGACGGAGGCGUCCUUCUUACCCCGAAGGCAUAUGAGGCCCUCCGAGAGACGGCCGCCUCUUCAGAUGCUCUCCUCUGUUUUUGGGUGUGCGUUCCAACAGGACUGCGAUGCAGAGCUGUAGGGCCCUUUAGCCGCUGCCUCUGCAGCCAUACUUUCAGAGAGCACCGCGUUUUCCAGCAGCGACAGCCUGCCCAUGCCCCCCCCCGCGGGAGACAGGAACAAAGCCAACAGCAGCAGGCACUGCCUCAGCCCGUAAAGUGCCUAGUCCCCGGCUGCAGCUGCCCGCACUACAGUUUCCUCCCGAUUCAAGGCUCGGGAGACCUCCGCUGCCGCUGCAAGCACUCGUACCGAGACCACCACGCGGUCACUCGCCGCUGUUUGAAGUGCCACCCCCCUGCGAGGGCAGCCCCCUCUAAAAAAGCUCCGCCAGCCUCAGCAGGAACCACUGCCAGGAACCGUUCUCAAAAAUGCGUAGUCUUCGACUCGCCGACAACGUGCUCCUGUGGAUCGGCCUAUGCCGUUCACGAGACCCGCUUCUCGUUCGCCAGUGAGGGGGGCCCCCUUGCGAAAGCCGCCACCACGCAGCGAACUGCUGUGCCGAUGGGGGGCCUCACAGGUACGCAUGAGCUUCGCAGCGAAGGGGCAGGCGCCCGCUUUUUCUGA